AACACUGUCUACACUUUUUACACAAUAUCUUUGGCUUUCAUAAUAUGAACGUCAAUACCACGGUAAUUACUAAAUAGACAACUGUUUCACAUUAACGAUAAGGUCGUGAGAAGCUGAAGCGCUAGGUAGGCCUCUGUAAUGUAACGUGUGCUACAACAGCCUUUAGCUGUGUUAGCAUAAUAUGUCAAGCGUUAAGAACGUUAUAUAUGUGGUAUUUGUUUUUAAAAUAUAGUCGAGUUAGCCAGGCUAGCUGUUAGUCCACAUAGACUCAUUCUAAUAAUUUAUGUACGGCAGUAUUUUUCCAUCACUGCUGGGAACCGCUCGUAGUUCGUUCCAACUAGCUUUGGGCAACUUUUUGUUAUCCAACAGUAAGUAUGCGACUGUUUUCUUGACUGUCUUGGUUCUUCAACUUUGACCAUACAUACAGUAUAAUGAUGUCGUGCUUAUACUCCAGGACAACUGUUGUUGUAGCCACUGGAGAAGUAUUUGCUAGAACUGGUGACUUUAUGAAUCGUUAUUUUUAUAAAGUUAUUUCAGUGUACAUACUCUUUUGUACAUUUUUACAGUUUGUUCAGAUGGACGACCGAACUGUUGUUCAGGCCUUCGUGUCUAGACUAAAGACACAGCCCUGUUUUGGGCCCUCAAAAUCUGUUGUUUGUUUUGUAUUUAAUACUUGAGAUGUAUAAACAUGGGUUGAUUAUAAUCAGUGUAACGACAGUGAGUCAGUUCACUCAUCUGGAAACCAUGCUAUAACCAAAUAGCAGUUACUAUGGAGAGCAUGUUUGUCUCAUGUUGAUGUACAUUUUGUAGAAAUGUCUUCGCUGUAUUUGUGCUGUCUGUCUGUUUCUUAAUAACCCCUUUUCAGUUCCCCGGGGAGUGUUUUUGAUUGAUUUGUAGGUUUAAAACCAUCCUCUUGGCACUCUUUGGGGAUCCCUGGAUAUGGAUAGCUUUCCCCAAUUUCCUACAUUGGCAGAAGAUUUUUUUUCUCUUCAGCAUUGGUAGUCAACAGCUGAAAAUUCCUAGAAGCUUGAAUAUCCUGCCUAUUUUUCCCACUGCCAACACUCAGUGUCAUGAAGUAUGCAAAAUGCUGCCAUGCCCAAGAAGAAGCGGAGGAUUUUUUUCGACCCACCAUCCCACCCCUCUUCACGUUUUGCCACGUCAAUUUUAGCAUUUUUUUCAAUUUUUUUUUUCUUGUCUGGCUGUUUAUGUCCCCCUAUUUAUUUAUUUCAUUAGUCACACCAAUUAAUAGUAUUAAAAAAAAUCCCAGAAGGACUCUAUUCCAACCACCAUCAGUAAUGUUUAGCAGUCUGGCGGAGAUAAAGAUGUCUCAGAGAGUCUCAGAAAAGGGAUGUCGUAGGAAGACAAGUGUCUCUGGGCGAGCCACCCCACUUUUCUUCUUAUCUCACGGAUCAAGUGUUCCUUCAGGACUCCAUACCACCGCGGAGACACCCAACCAGCAGUGCACUCAGGAGGGAGACAACUUCUCAGCCACCUCAGGGAGAGUCCUGUUGGCCCUCAAGAGCACCAGCUGCUGGGUUUAAAGGUCGUCACCCCGUAUCUACCGCCAUUUAAGACGUAUACCAGCAAUACUAUGACCAACCAUGGAAAUGACUGCUACUUCUUUUACUAUUCCACCUGCACUAAAGGAGACAGUUGCCCCUUCAGACACUGUGAAGCUGCUAUGGGCAAUGAGACCGUCUGCAGCCUCUGGCAGGAAGGACGCUGCUUCCGUACUGUCUGCAAGUUUCGCCACAUGGAGAUUACAAAAAACCGAAAGGAGAUCCCGUGUUAUUGGGAGAACCAGCCGGCUGGCUGCCAGAAGUCACACUGUGCCUUCUUCCAUGAAAAGCCCCGGUACAUAGAAGGCGUCUUUGUCCCACCUGAUAAAAGUCUGAGCAAGGAUGAAGAACAGCAGCACGAGGAACCAGCCCCCCCACCAGCUGCUCCUCUCCACACCACAGCCAAUCCUCAACUUAGAGGCGUCAUUAAGACAGAAAGUCAGGAGCCAGUACCAAGCCCCACCCAUCCACCAGUGGUAAUCAAUCCAGCAGAUGACGAUGAGGAUGAAGAUGACCAGUUCUCAGAGGAGGGAGAGGAUGGCAAGAUUGCCCCGUCUUCUAGAAAGUUACCUAAAUCAGGGGAUUCACUAAACUUUGGAGUGAGCACCUUGGAGGAGAUCCUGCUUAGGAAGGCCCUGAAGGCCAGCAUGAAGAGAGCUGGCUACGCCGUCCAGAGUGGUGAGACCUCUGCCAACGGAGAGAAAGAAAACAUCCGGUCAUUUUUUCAACCAGCCCUCUUGGAGUCCAGAGAUGAACCACUUGUCUUCGAAGAAACUGUGAGAUCAAGAGCCAGUGUGGCUGAAAGGCUUGGAAAGAAGAUUCCCAACACAGAUGUAAAAGGUCGAGAGGGUCUUCCAUUGAAAAGGAGUCUUGCUGAGCGUCUGGGCAGAGUUGUGGAUGCAGAGCAAACAUCAGUGCCCAGUCAGAAAUUUUUAAAACCUGUAAAGGAGAGACUUGGAUUGCUUUCAGAACCUGUUGCAGCCACUCAGUUGGCUGAGACAAGUUUGGUGCCUGAGCAGAUCCGCAUCAAAACUCUGGAGGAGAUAAGACAGGAGAAAGCAGCUAAGUCUCAGUCUCAAAGCCAGACAGAUGCCCCUUCAGUCAUGCCUUCGGAGGUUGCCGUAACCAAAACCAACACUAACACCAAAGCCGCCAAGGGCAUGAAACGAGCUAUCACUGUAACAGACACCUCCAUCAACCAGGUCAAAACGUUUUCUGAGGUCCUUCAGGCCAAGAGAAGAAGGCAAGAGAAGGAACAGGAGCCGAACCCCCACCUUACGAAGGCCAAGCUCACGGUGGAGAAAGUUCCAGUAGAGAGCCAGAGAGAGUCAGAAACGGAUGGUCAAGCCACGAAUGCACAGGAGGUUAGAGUAAAGACACUGGAAGAGAUACGGAGGGAGAAGGCAGCAAGAAUCCAGGCUCAGCAGGCCACGGCGGCUGACAACAAGCAGAACUCUGAUUCUGAGGAGAGUGAUGCCAAGAAGCCCCGUCUACUGUGCAUCAAGAAACUGGCUCCUCAAAGCACACAUGAGAAAAGUGCUACAGUGACAGAGAAGCCAGUGAAAACUCCAGCUGCUGUGCCUGAGACCAGCAAUGACGUCAAGGUCAAGACCUUUGAGGAGAUCAUGCGGGAAAAACGCCUUCGGAAGCAAGAAAUUGAGGAGCAGGCCAAAAGCUCAGCUGAAGCAGAGCCUUCUCAGAACCAAAGUUCUAAUGAUACCAGGAAGAGGAAGGUUCCUGUUAAAAUCAGUCUCACAUCACCAGGCCCUUCCUUACCUUCCCUCCCAACUUCAGUCCCUGACUCUACCCUUUCCACCCAAAAAGUCCCUGUUCGUAAACGGAUUCCUCUCAAACCCAAGGCUGCUUCACCUCUGAACAGUACAACUACUCCUGAUACAGCAGUGUCCUCAAUCCCAGUGAGGCUGCCACAGCAGGGUGAGACUGAGUCCCAGAGGAGCUCCAAGGAAGUCCCAGAUAAAAACACAAGGAUCUCCCCCACACCGUCACUAGCCAAACAGGCUAGAGGAACUCCGCAGGGUCCUGCUGCAGAAGCCCCCCCUACCGAUAAAGCACUGAACAAUAGUCCGAAGAAAUCCCCAGAACACUCUGUAGACACUAAAGUGAGGCCCAAGCUGAAUGUGAAACCGUCUGUAAUGAAACCUGCAGUGCAGGUGAAGCCAGGCCAGAAGAGGAGGGGAGCAGAGCGUUCCGCUGUAGCUGCUGUUAAACCUUUGAACAGCACCUCCACAGUGCCCGAGGAGCCACUGCAAGAGACGGCUUGCAGAGAAAGACAGGUGUUGCCAUCCUUCAGUGCAGAGGCUCAACUGAGCUCUUCUGUGCCACGCAGUCCUACAUCCUUGCCAGAUGCUGGCUCCAGCUCCAGCUCACCGAGAGAGGAGCUUCAGUCUGUCCCUGUCUUCAGACAGAGCCCAGGCCAAGAAACCAAGCCGGCCGUCAAUCUUGCUGCUGCCAGAGAGGCCUGUGCAGUCCCCCAAAGCCCGGUCUUGAAGACGCCCACCCAGUCCAAAUCACGUAGACCCAGUGUAGCAGCGUCCCGCGCUGCCUCUUCCAGCACUGCUGCCUCCACCUCCGCCAUGGACGACUUUGAGGAGCUGAUGAACGAGUUCACCGAUGACCACCUGGAGGAUGACGUGGACCCUGGCAUCGGAGAAGACGACCUGCUGCAGGAACUGUCAGAAAUGAUUGACAGUUGAGGGCUACAUCAAGCACAGUCAACUGCCUGCCCCUGCAUCUCACCCACAACCUUGUCUUGUGACUCUACAUGUACACCAGAUAUUGACAAUAGAGCAUUUAAAAGACAUUUUUUUUUCUUAUUUUAAGCUUUAGUUUCAUGUUUUACUCUUUACAUUUUAAACAUCUUCUCUCAAAGUACAGUUAAUUUCCUGCCCAUGUGAUCAUCUGAUGGCCGAGGAGUUAUUCUGCAGGGCUUUCCUUCUCAUGUCUGGUUAAGGUCAAUGUCCAACUUUCAGGCCCUUAAAAAAUUGGCAGAAGCUCUGAUGUUGGAAGACAUUGUUAAGAAUGCCCUCAAUUUGUCAGGAAUCUCUGGAUGACUUAAAUGUGGGAAUGCAACACUUUAGAGAGAAGGCAUAUCUGUAUACUGUGUAUGCAAAGGGAAGAGAAAGAUGAUUAUAGGAAUAAAUACUGUUGCACUUGCAGUAGCCUGAUACCUUUCUAUUCACGGUUUUAAUUUUUUUCUGUGAGUGGACGAGACUGUUACUGCCCAGCUCGUUCCAAGACUAUGACAAUUUUACUUAAACAAGGACCCUGUCAACAAAGCAAGGAAGUCACAACCUGAGAGGAAUUUUCAGUCAAGUUACUUUUAAGUUCGUUUAAUCAAUCAGACACAUGCGCUUCACUGAUUUUCCAUUCAGUUGUUAUAAAGGGCCUCUUCUACCUGAGGCUGUCCUUCAGUUAAAAAAUUGUGUAUUUUUUUUAACUGGUUCUUUUUAAUCAGUGGCUAUAUUUUGAAGCAACUAGUCUGGGUUUAAAGUCUAAGUACUCUAGUCUUUGUUAUUGAUCACCUCAGGGACUGUUUCUGAUGUUUGUAUGUUCUUUGUAAGAUUGAUAGACAAUGUUUCUUUUCAACAGUGCUGUCUUCAGUUGAUGUCUUUCUCUUUUGUGUUGGUUUAUCAGUGUGGUCUGUUGAUUUCUGGUCUUGUGUUUUUGCUCUGUCCGGACUCUUUUCCUUGAGCUUACUGUUCAAAGUGACUUGUACAAAUUACUGUGUAAAUAAAGAUGCUUUUAAUGACCA